AUGGCUCUUAGAUUGCCGGCAAACCUUCAUACCUACGCCUCUCUUCCGUCCAAGAAGAGCGGCGCAAGUAGUUGCAGUAGCAGUAGCAACAGCAGGAGGAGGUUUUCCGGUACCAACCUAAUUGUAUGUAGCAGUAGCUUAGACAAGCAGCGGAGAAGGGUGGGGGGUGGCGCCCCCGCUGUUGCUUCUCCGCUGCAGGUCGCCGAGGAGCUCGCGGCCCGCUUCGGCCUCGAGAUGGCCGUGGCCGACCUCGAGCGCAUCUACCGCGAGUACAACCGUGGGGACGGCCCUCCUGCCUUCUCGGACCCUGGCUCGCCCGGCCGCCCCCUCCGCGUCGCCUACCAAGGCGUCCGCGGCUCCUACUGCCAGGAGGCUGCCGCCGCGGCCUUCAACUCCUCCACGGCGGCGGAGGACUCCGGGCGUCUUUCCUUCCUCCCCUGCUCUGACAUGGAGAACGCGUUCGCCGCGCUCGAGGACGGCUCCGCCGACCGCGCCGUCGCCCCCAUGGAGAACUCCCUCGACGGGCCCAUCCACCGCAAUCUCGACCUUCUUAUCCGCCACCCCGGCGUCCGCAUCGUAGGCGAACUCAUCCUCCCCGUCGACCACUGCCUCCUCGCCCUACCCGGCGCCCGCCGGUCCGCCCUCCGCCGCGUGGUCAGCCACCCUCAGGCCCUCGCCCACUGCCGCGAGCGCCUCGGCUGCCUCGGCCUGGAGAUCGAGGAGGCGUCCAACGCGGCCUCCGCCGCCGAGUGGGUGGCGGAGAACGGGAUCCGCGACACCGCGGUUAUCGGGAGCAAGAUGGCCGCACGGGAGUUCGGGCUGCAGGUCCUCGAGCGCAACUUCCAGGACCAGCCGCCCGGCGCCAACGUCAACCGCUACCUUCAGCUGGCGCUGGGCAGCAGCAAGGGGAACGGGAAGAAGACGACGGUGGCCUUCUCCCUGGAGAGGGGGCCGACAGACCUCUUCCGGGCGCUGUGGGCGUUCGAGAGCCGCGGGGUGCGGGUGAGCCGGGUGGACCACCGGCCCAACCGAGCCAACCCGAUCCGCGUCGUGGAGAAGGCCACGUACAUGGACUACAUGUUCUUCCUGGACCUGGAGGGGCCCGAGUCGGAUCCCCGAGUCAAGGCCGGGAUCCGACUCCUGCACGAGUUCGCCGGGUUCGUGCGCGUGCUGGGUAGCUACGACUGCACGUACCGGACGCGAUAA